GUAUCUAUCUGGUCAGGUUGUUUUAACGACGAGUUGGUCAGUUUGAGGCAAAGCGGAACCGUUAACCUUUUAGGUUUUACACGGAGCGGUUUUGUGAAGGGACGGUGUGUUCCCCAGCUGAUCCAUCUCGACAAAAAGGCAGAUCAUGAGCAAAGACUCGCAGAUGAGGGCUGCAAUAAACCAGAAGCUGAUAGAAAUGGGGGAACGGGAGCGGUUGAAAGAAUUGCUCAGGGCGAAGCUGGUGGAGUGUGGAUGGAAGGAUCAGCUGAAGGCACACUGCAAAGAUGUAAUCAAAGAAAAGGGCCUGGAGCAUGUCACAGUGGAGGACCUGGUCACAGAAGUCACACCAAAAGGCAGAGCACUAGUACCAGACAGCGUGAAGAAGGAGCUCCUGCAGAGAAUCAGAGCUUUUCUAGCUCAACAUGCAACCUUUUGAAUGAGACGAGUCCCAAUGUAGACAUUUUUUUACUCACUGUAGAUCCACAAUUAAAAUCCAAACUGAUGUUUGUUCUCAUUGUGAGCAAUGCGGAAGUGUUAUUUUUGUUUUGUAUUGUGUGUUUACAUAUUGAUUUUAGUUUGUUAUGCAGCAUUUUUGGAAAAAAAAUAAAGUCAUGCCUAUUUUGGUCA